GAGGUGCUCGCUUACCUCAAGAAGCUCGGGGUCGACAGCUCGGCCAUCGUGGCAGUCGGGGAGGCGGAGAAGACGGCUACGGAAGCAGUGAAGAAGAAGGCGAGGGUCAAUGAGAUCGAGCGGCAGAGAGAGGCCCUGGACGAGGAGCUCGCCACCGUCAACGGGUCCUUGGCCAAGGGGCGCGAAGACCUGGUUCAGGCUCAGGAGCUUCUGUGCACGGCCCACGCCAGCUUGUUCGAUGGCCCGCUCAAGGCCAUGUCAGCAGGACUCGCCUCGUCCGUCGCCGAGUCCACGGAGGGGAAGGCAGCGCUGGAGAAGCUUCAGCAGUUGCCGCGUGCUGCCGAGGAAGCGAAGUGCGCUGCUGACGACGCCGCAGCUGCCGCUGGCGCUUCUGCUUCUCCCCCAGGAGGGGGCGGCGAACGCGCGGCCGCCAAUGACGGCGACAGUGGGGACAUCGAUAUGGACCUGCUCGGAGGCGAGGACUUUGCCGAGCGCAAGCAGGCUUUUGACACCGCCGCCAAGGAGCUCGAGGCGCCCAAGGGAGGCCCCCAGGAGGUGCUGGACGCUGCCAAACGCAAGUACAUGGCAGCUGCCCAAGCCAUCGGAGUCAAGCGG